AUGAUCGCUAAGAUCCUUGCCCUCGCGGCCCUUUCGGGCGCCGCCCUCGCCCAGCAGGUCGGCACCCAAAAGGAGGAGUCUCACCCCAAGAUGACCUGGCAGAAGUGCACCGCUGCCGACGCCUGCACGGAUGUCGACGGUGAGGUCACUGUUGAUGCCAACUGGCGUUGGGUCCACGACACCGAGGGCUAUACCAACUGCUACACUGGCAACGAGUGGGACACCACCAUCUGCUCCGACUCCAAGACGUGCGCCGAGAGCUGCGCUGUCGAUGGUGCCGACUACUCGGGGACCUACGGUGCCUCGACCAGCGGCGACGCUCUUACCUUGAAGUUCGUCACCAAGGGCUCCGAUUCCACCAACAUUGGAUCCCGCCUAUACCUCAUGGCCGGCACCGACAAGUACCAGAUGUUCGAGCUCCUCGGCAACGAGUUUACCUUCGACGUCGAUGUCUCCCAACUCGGCUGCGGUCUCAACGGUGCCCUGUACUUCGUAGCCAUGGACGAAGACGGUGGCAUGAGCAAGUACGACGGCAACAAGGCUGGUGCUAAGUACGGUACCGGCUACUGCGACGCGCAGUGCCCGCGUGACCUUAAGUUCAUCAACGGUGAGGCCAACUCGGACGGCUGGGAACCCUCGACCAACGACCAGAACGCUGGUAUCGGCCCGUACGGCUCUUGCUGCACAGAGAUGGAUAUCUGGGAGGCCAACUCCAUCUCGACUGCCUUCACCCCCCACCCCUGCACCACCAUCGGCCAGGAACGCUGCGAGGGCGACUCCUGCGGUGGCACUUACUCUUCUGACCGCUAUGGCGGUACUUGCGACCCCGAUGGCUGUGACUUCAACGCCUACCGCCAGGGUGUCAAGGACUUCUACGGCCCCAGCAUGACGGUCGACACCACCAAGCCCUUCACGGUCGUCACCCAGUUCAUCGCCGACGGCGGCACGCUGUCCGAGAUCAAGCGGUUCUACGUCCAGGACGGCACCGUCAUCGAGAACCCCCAGUCGGCCAUCGAGGGCAACACCGGCAACUCGAUCACCGCCGAUUUCUGCAAGUCCCAGAAGGUCGCGUUCGGCGACGAGGACGUCUUCAACCAGAAGGGCGGCAUGGCCGGGUUCAGCGAAGGUCUCGCCACCCCCAUGGUGCUGGUCAUGUCCCUGUGGGACGACCACUACGCCAACAUGCUCUGGCUCGACUCCACCUACCCGACCGACGCUGGCGCCGACGAGCCCGGCAAGGGCCGUGGUACCUGCGAGACCAGCUCCGGCGUGCCCUCCGAGAUUGAGGACAGCCAGGCCGACAACCAGGUCAUCUACUCCGCCAUCAAGUUCGGCCCCAUCGGCUCGACCUUCAACGCCCCCGCCGCGUAA